AGCUGCUUUUGGGGAAGAAUUUAGUGAAGAAAUUGACUGUGAGGGUUUUGUGAAAGAAAGGAAGCAAGAAAGAACACUUGAAUUGUCAUCAGUGAACUUUUGCUUUGUAAAUAUGCAUGCCAGGCAUCGUAGUCCAGCAAAUGCAUAUAAUAGGUCUAGUUCAAUGGGGAUGGGAGGUAUGGGGACAACCUCUCGAGUUUCACCGGAGGGAUCAAUGAGAAGUAGUCGCGGGAUGUACAAAAGCUAUAACCGUGGUGGCUAUGGGCGUGGCCAGCUGAGGCAGCAGUUUGAGCCUCGGCAACCUUCACCACAGAGAAGCGAUAUUUUCAUGGAAGCUGGUCGAAUGGCAGCGGAGUACUUGGUGAGCAAGGGAUUGCUGCCGCGAAGUGCCCUUUUGGGGAAGUUGCAGAAUGGUAGCUUGAAGAAUCACAGUGGUUAUAGUCACGGUUUUAGGAUGGUAGAUGGGGAUAAUAUGCAGCUAUCCAUGGAGGGUCGAACAUCAGCUCUUUCUCGUUUGGGAAAUGUUGCUGAUGGUGAAGGGCCAGGUAGGAAACGGUACCCCAAUGAUUAUAGCUCCAUGGCCUCGAAAGGUUAUGCAAGAGGAAGGAGAAGACAUGGAUCGUAUAAAGAUUCUGAGUGGGACCAAGAAUUUGGAAGAAGCGCGACUUGGUCUGAUAGAGCCAGGGCUUCCACAGACAUGGAUGGUCAUACAAAUGCUUUCUCAGGGCGUCAAGAUGAAAAGCAAGCUAUUAAAGAUAGCAAUAGUGAAUUGCAGAAUUCCCCAGCCACUGAAUUAAACCGAGAAACGGAUGGCAUUCAUAAAUUAGUUGGAGAUUCAGAGUCUAUCUUAAACAGAAACCAGUCGGUUGAAGAUACAAGUGCAAUUGAUACUGAGAAGGAUCUCCUAUUAUCAGAUAAAGUGGAUCGAACUGAGAAGGCUGAUGACAUGGAAAUCUCAAAUGCAGAAGUUGGGGAGGUUGAGAAUGGUAACGAUAAUGAUGGAAUGGAGGUGACAGCAGUCAAGGAGGAUAAGCAGAUUAAUUUGUGUGCUGAAAAAGAUAAUUUAACAAGCAAAAAGGGCACCGAUUUACUAAGCCUCUGCAGAUUUGAGAAAGUUCCUAAAAGAAUACGCUCUUCGUUGGCAAAUAGAUGUCCAAAGGUUGAUGCUAAUACCAUGGCAGAGAAAGAGGAAACUCAAGAGAGUGAGCUUCCCAAGGAGUUUGAUGCACAAGGUGAAGAUAUGUCUAUGCAUGUUUCCUCUGAUGACAUUUCAUUGCAUCAAAAUCAUGACACAAAAGCCCUUGAUUCCGAAAAUUCAAAAGCACUAGCUACUGAGGAAGUCCCGUUUGUUUCUUUUGCUGUCAUAGAAGAAAAUACUACCGGGCCUUCCUCUUUUGCUGAUCAUCCUUUAAUAAAAGAGGAUGAGGAAAGCGAGGGAGUAAAUAUGUUUGGGAGAUGCAGCUCCGAAGAAAGAGGCAAAAAACGACCAUUAGAGGAUAUUGACAAUAAUGUGGGAGUUAAGAAACCUAGAGAGUUGGCUUUAUUUGAUGAAACAGAACCGGAGGAUGUCUUUGUAUACUCUAUUUCAAUGGCAAAGCAGCAGAAUUCAGAAGACCAAAAUACUACAAAUGGAGAGCCAGCAAUGUUGUCACCUGAUCAUAAAAAAUUGGUGGAUGUCCCUCUGUUUUCAAGUGAUGUGCCAACCAUUGAGUUUUCUGAAAAGCAACUCUUUCCCAGUUCAUAUAAGACGUGUGACCUAAACCACAUUGAUACGUGUGAUGUGAACCACAAUUGUGAUGCUGAUUCUGUUCUCACGUUCCCUUGUACCACAGACAUCGGAAAACAGACUGCACCAGUUAACAUUGGUUUGCCCAUGAACGAGAACUACGAUUUGCCCAGCAAAUACAGUCAAUGUGGGUUCGGUGGCAGAGAUAUAGAAGUGAUUGAUUUGGAAAAUGAUUCUGAUCAAGAUAACAAGACUUUCAAUAAUCCACAGAGUUCUGAAACUGGAUUCACUGCCCAGGAUGGCUUUCCUAAUGAUGCAAAUGAUAUUGCUGAUGUUCAGGAUGGUUAUGGUUUAAUGUUUUCGGAAUUGCUUGGGAGUGAUAUACCAAACUGCUCAUCUGUACCAGGAGAUUUGAAUACUCUACAUAAUGAUAUGGGCCUUCAUAACGGAGAGGGAAUUCUUGGUGGUGACGAUGAUUCAAUAUAUAUGUCCCUGGAAGAGAUACCAAGCUUUUUAAGGUCCUGGCAACAACCAUCUCAGGAAUUUGGGAAGCCAUUUUGAGCUAUAUUUUUUCUGUUUAGGUUCACAGCUCAAUGUGUAAAUUAAAAGCUGUUUGUCUACCAACGAUACUGUAGUCCAAUGGUACCAUGUCACUUCCUUUUAUGAGAGGUGAUAGGUUUGAAUCUCAAUGGAGACAUUUGAUGUAAUUGGGUAUCCCCUUCCUAUAUACAUAAAAAUAAAAAAAAUAAAAACUGUUUGUGUAGGACUUUUAGUAUGGAUCUUUAGUGUCAGACUGGUCCUACCAUGUGCAACUUUUAGUGUAUCAUAUUUUAUGUAUGCUCCACAAUUAGCUUUUGACAUAACAAAGUGCAUUUCUCAAUGCAAA